AAGUGUAACGAGGAGGAAGAGAAGGCUUGCAAGGCCAUGGGAAUGGAGUGCGACUUCAGCGCUGGCGCACCGAUCUGCGUCGACCCAGAGAAGAAAAAAUGCGAUAUUGAGAUGAAGGACAAAUGCAAAAAGCUGGGAAUGGAUUGCGUGGAAGUGAUGGACAUGACAGCUUGUAAAGAGAAACGACCAGAGAAGUGUCAAGUUGAAAAGCAAGAAGAAUGUAAUAAAAAUGGCCUACAAUGCGCCCUUGUGAAUGGAGAGCCUCUAUGUGUCGGCCCAGAGAAGAAGAAUUGCGAUAGUGAAAUGAAGGACAAAUGCAAAAAGAUGGGACAGGAUUGCGUGAAAGUGAAGGACAUGACAGCGUGUGAAGAGAAACGACCAGAGAAGUGUCAUGUUGAAAAGCAGGAAGAAUGUAAUAAAAUUGGCCUACAAUGCGCCCUUGUGAAUGGAGAGCCUCUAUGUGUUGGUAAGCGUUCUCUUCACUGA